AUGUGUCCCAGUAUUAACCGUCAAGCACCCGUAAUCGGGAAAUGUGUCAUUUGUGGUGAGGAUUCAACGGGGAAGCAUUAUGGUGUUAUUGCUUGUCUCGGUUGUAAAACGUUUUUUAGAAGAGCAGUGGUUCAUCGUCAGGAUAUUAAGUGCAAAAGGUCUGAAUGUUGUGAAGUUGAUAAAGAAACCAGAAAAGCAUGCAGGGCUUGUCGCUAUAAGAAGUGUCUUAAAAUGGGGAUGACCAAAGAAGCGUUGCAGCCACGUCGAGAUUUGAUUGGUUGUCGUAGGUAUCGGCAACCAGACUAUCAGCAAAACUUCAUUGCUUCGAGCUCAGUAACUCAUAACCUUCAAUCGCCACCAGUAGAUAUGCGAUUGCUUGAGCUCAUUUCGGAGCUUACUUUUGUCGAUAAAGAAAUUCGAGAGCGGAAAUUUUGUUUGAUGCGAGCAAAAAAUGAAGCAAGAAGGUUGGCACAAAUGGUGAAACAAAACAAUCAGCAAGUUAUAAGCAGAUUUAUGAUUAUGGCUACUGAUAUAGCCAGUGUAACACAUACGGAAUUGUUGUUGAUGUUGGAAUGGGCUAAAACAGUGCCGUGCUUUUCCAAACUUCCUUUUGCAGACAAUUUCGCUGUUCAUUAUCUUAUUUUGGAAUUCGGCUAUUACACUGCUCAGCUAGGUAUAGAAGAUGUUUGGUUGAUAUCAAAUGGUACCUGUAUGCCACGGAAUGUUGAUAAAUUACCUCAGGACAUGAAGGAAUCAAUUCCAGCGGAUCGAAAAUGGCGCCAAGAAAAACUUUACAAGCAGAUGACUGAUAUAUGUAUCGACGAAGUUGCGGUGCCUUUAAGGAGGUUGAAGUUGAUGCCUGAAGAACUUGUAACACUGAAAAUUAUCCUGCUUUUUCGAUAUGUCAGUCGCAGUCAUGAAAAUGAAGAGUCAGAAAUUUCGGAAGAAUCAAGUGCCCGGAUAAUAGAAUGUCGUGACCGAGUAAUUGCUGCUUUGUUUGCCUUCUACCGGUUCAUUGAUUUUCCGAAUUAUGCAGAACGUUUUGGGAAUGUAAUUUUGGCGAUAUCAGGAAUAAUAUCAGCUGCAUCGGCUACCAUUGAAAGUUAUCAAGUGAUGCGCCUAUUUAAAAUUGUUGUCUUCGAUCACAUCUCUGAGCAGUUACUUUUUAACAUUACACAAACAUUGUGA